GACAUUUUUAGUAAGAGCCAGCACUCUUUCUGUGUUUUUUCUCUUCAAUAAUAGUUUUGGCUAGUCUGAAAAAAAUACCAGAAAUGUCCGAGUUCACGUUUAAUUUUAAUCCUCUUCCUGCUAAAAAGUUUUCUUUUCUACAGGACAAAGAAACACUGGGGCUGUUUAUGAAGUGGUCCAUGCUCGGCAGGAUUUCAGCCCAAACCUUCAGUUUCGACCAUCAUUUCCUCCAUUACAACAGGGAAAUGUUUGCUCUGGACUUUUUCAGGGAUCAGGUGGUGGUUUCCAGUCUGAAACACUUGCUGCCUGGAGUCUGGGUACCUCUUGAUAAACCGGUGGUGUCUGUGUGUGUGGAGCCAGUGCCAUGUUCCAGGGUCUCCAUGGAUCUGUUUGAUCCCCUCUACACUUGCGGCAUCCUGAGGCCGUCGGGACUUGUGGUGAAAUGCUUCCACGAGCUUUACCCGGACUACAAUAAACUCCGAAAGCAGAUGUUAAAGGACGAAGAUUCAGAUGAAUACUAUGUGGUUGGACAUGAAGACAGAGCAGAGUUUCUCUUUUGCCUCUUCAAACACCUUUAUCUCGGAGGAGAGCUCUGCCAAUACGAGGACUCCGUCAAUCCUUACAUAAGAACCACAAAGCAAAUAUACAAAGAACUGAUCAGUGUUCAGAAAGAUCCAGAGACAAAGAAGAUCAGUGUUGUCUCCACAGUCCUCAAAGUGUGGGGCUAUGAUGAGUCCGGUCGAUGUUAUCCUGGAACACCAAAGGACGAUCAGACAUUCGCCUACAUGAUCGUGGACCCUCUGAAACGGCACGUCACUUUGUUCUGCCACUUCUACGGAGUAGGAAACCUCUCGUUUUAAGGAGUCGCUUCAUGUAGAAAAAGGAAAACUAUUCCAAUAAGUAACAAAAAGGUCAACUUUUCUACCUUUCUUUAAAAAGUCAGUUUAAAAUGUUUCAUCUUCUUCAGUCGUACGUUCUUAGAAUAAGUGACCACACUCAACAAAAGACACAGCGCAGCAUUUACAGUCCAAAGAACUUUAUUGAAACAAAUAAAUUAAUAAUUUAGUCAUGUGAGCUACUGUUCUCCUCAUCAGAAAUACCUCUGUGUACAUCUUCCAUAGAUCAAAUGUAGGUUUGAUUAAAAAAAAACAAAAAACCCAAA